AUUAUACAAACAACCAUUAAAUUUUAGUCAAUUUGUUACUGUAAUUUGAUUCGCAUUCACUGUCACACACAAUUUCUUUCGUAAAAAUUAAGUGAGGCCUGAAACAGACGGAGCAACGAAAACAGUGAGGAAAGAUUUUUUCUUUUCUUUUUUUCUUUAAUUUCAAUUUAUACUGUAUUUUUGCAGAGAGAAUUGAGUCAUAAUAGGAGUCCGAACUGAGCUAGAAAACAAAACAGACGUUUGAAAAAAGAUUUGUUAAUAAAUUGUUUUUGUUGGUUGCUUACAAUUGCAGUUGAGCUGGUUUUCUGUUUGUCUCUUCCCACAAAAUUUCCUCCCUCUUUUCCUAUUUUUGUCUACUUUCUCGCCGCAAUAAAUUAAUCACAAACCCACCAUCACCACCGCCGCCGCCACCUACUAUUCUCUCUCCACCCCUGAAAUGCAAUCUUCCCCGGUGAUUAAAAUCCAUUCCCUUUCAUAAAAAUCCUAUCAUUUUCCCCCCCUUACCAAGAAAUGGGGAAUAAAUUCAUUUGCAUGAGCAAGAAAGAUACCAAGAAUGGCGGGGUUGGAUCAAGAAGCAAAAGGGGCAAUCUUUCAAAGAGGAGGAGCUCAAUGGAGGAAGAAUUGCUGCACAGGCAAGCUCUAGCUAUGGCGAUUCAGCAGCACCAGCUCUCUCAAAGAUUUGAUAAUGGCUCCAUGUCCCGCCGCCUCGGAUCCACCUCCUCCCGCCGCCGCGGCGCCAGUUUGUCCGACCCUUUUUCUACCGCUAGUGCUAAGCCGUUGCCAGAGUUUUUGGAGAAUAUCAAGACGAAGAAAUUUGUGUUGGUACACGGUGAAGGAUUCGGAGCUUGGUGUUGGUAUAAAAGCAUUGCUCUGCUCGAGGAAUAUGGACUGCUUCCGGUCGCCUUGGAUCUAACCGGAUGUGGAAUCGACACAACGGAUGCCAAAAAUGUUACGACGCUAGCAGAGUACUCCAAGCCUUUGAUCGAUUUUCUGCAGAAUUUGCCCGAGGAUGAAAAGGUAAUUUUGGUCGGCCACAGUAGCGGAGGCGCUUGCAUUUCCUACGCGUUAGAGCAUCUUCCCGACAAGAUCUCCAAAGCCGUCUACCUCUGUGGUACGAUGAUAGCGGAUGGGCAGAGACCUUUUGAUGUGUUUGCUGAAGAGCUCGGUUCUGCUGAACUCUUCUCACCGGAUUCGAAGUCUCUAAUAUACGGAAACGGUAAAGACAACCCCCCAACUGGAUUCAUGUUCGAGAAGCAGCAUCUACAAGGGCUAUAUUUCAACCAAUCUCCUACAAAGGAUGUUGCUUUGGCAAUGGUUUCUAUGAGGCCUAUCCCUCUUGGUCCUAUGAUGGAGAAGCUGUCUCUAUCGGCUGAGAAAUACGGGACGGGCAGGCGAUUCUAUGUUCAAACGUUGGACGAUAACGCCCUCUCACCCGACGUCCAAGAGAAGCUGGUAAGGGAAAACCCGCCGGAAGGAGUUUUGAAGAUCAAAGGCAGUGAUCACUGCCCUUUCUUCUCAAAGUCUAAGGCUUUACAUAAGAUCUUGAUUGAAAUAGCUCAAAUUCCUUAGAAAUCUAUUUCUAAAAAUGAUUUGAGAGCAUUGUUUGAUGUAGUUACAGUGUAUAAUAUCAAGGAAAUAUGUUCAAUGCAUACAGAAAUUGAUUCGGUUUCA